AUGUUACGUGUUCAGUUACGGCUAGUUGCCGUGGCUGUGAUGGUGGCCAUCAUAGUAGUCAUAUAUUACCUCGAUUCCAUAGCAGAUAAAUCCAAUCUCCAACUGCAACAUCAUUUUCUUGAUGCUUUAACCCAUUUUCCGCAUCUUACCGGGUUCUCAGAUAAUAACCAUCAACAGUACAUGCUAGAAAAGGCCAAAAAGCUUGGAAAGGAUCAAGAAAUUUCCGAAGCUGUCGCGCAGGACGAGGCACUGGAUCCAUGUACUAUCAUCAACCCCCACUCUCAUGGGUUUAUAGAUUUGAGGGGGCUUUCUUCAUUGGGCAAUGAGGGCCGGGCGUUGCCAUGGACCACCAAGGGCUAUGAUUAUGGCCGUAAUUUCACGUUGGGAAUAUGUUCCACUCCAUUCAAGAAGUCUCAUAAUGGGCCGCGAGAAAUGCAAGAUGGUGUCAAUUCGACAUUGGUAGGCGGUUACUACAUGGAUACAAAGUCGGGAAAGUACGUGUCGCUCGGCGAGUUCUCCACUACACCCGUAGUAAGAGGACGAAAACUUACGCUAAAAUAUUACAAUGGAUCAUAUUGCGAAAACUUGGUGGAUCGUAGCACCGGGUUACCGGCACGUCGUUCCACCAUGAUUACAUUCACUUGCGACCGAGAUAUGCUUGCCAAGGCCAGCAUUUCCUACGUGGGUUCUUUCGACGACUGCAACUACAUGUUUGAGGUUCGGUCGCACCAUGCAUGUCCUACUGCUGCCAAGGCUAAUAACCUCGCGGCAGUGUGGAUCUUUUUGCUCAUUUUCGUGGCAGCACUUCUUGUGUACUUUUCAGGAGACUUUCUCUACCGAAAUAUCCGGGCACAAAAGAUGCAAAAGGUGUAG